AUGGCCGCGUCAACUAAAGAAUCGAAAUAUCGCAUCAAGGUGACAGCGGGACCAGACUACGACCCCACCACGCACCAGGACGUUCAUGUCAACGGCGACACUUUACGUAUCGACAACGAUCGCGUCACUUUAGACCUCGCCAUCCGCAUUCAAGAUUACAAGGGCUACCCUGAGAACUCCCCCACAACGAACCCCUACUUCAAAGACCCCCUCCACACAAACGACCAAUACUCCAUCUCCAUCUCGUUCACUCCAAAAGAAGACAUCAACGGCAAUGACCUAAUAUUCGGCAAUGACUUCGACAAACCUCUGCGCGAUCGUUUGCCAAUGGGUUUCAACGCAGCCCUACGUCUCGUGCAAUGGUCUCUAGACCCCUCCAUCGAGGGCGACGCCUAUGCCGAUAAGCCGUAUUUGUACAGUCCUGCACUAGCUACCUGGAAUCAGUUUCGGGUUGGCGACAAGGAACAUCAGGAUGUGAAGGGGGAUUAUGUUGUGAAAGAAGGUGCUGAUGCUACGGGCAAAGAAGUUCGAAGCCAGCUUCAGAUUCCCGAUACACCGGAUGGGCGACGCAAGCAUUUCCAGACGGAGGCGAAUCGCCAGGCCUUUGUUUUUGAGAAGGGGAGGUCUUACUUGGCUGAUUUUGGGAAUCAAUAUUUGUGUUUCAGUGACAUUUCUGUCAAAUUGCCUGGAUUCCACAUUCCUGUGGAGGGCAUGGUGGAUGAUGAGCAUAAUGAGCUUCGAUAUGUUUUGAAGGACUCGAAGACUGGGAGGGUCUACCUUGUGGUUUUGUUUACUCUGCUUCGGAACUCAGCGGAGAGUGAACAACCCCCUUCUCAAGAAGAACCGGUCAAUGAGAUCGACGAGGUUGAUUAG